AUAAGUCCACAACUUUCGAUGAGGAGGAUGAGUAGAAUGGCGGAAGAGUUUACUAAAAAUCUUUGUUUCGUUUUACAAUUGCCGACCGUGUUUUGUUUAAAAUAAAAUUUCCCUGCGUUCCGUAUACAGGUUUUACACGGAGUCAGUGUACGAUGUAUAACUAUCAGAUUGAAGAGGAUUGAAAGUCAGAUGGUUAUCAUGGAGAUCCUAAGGAAAGAAGGAGAAUAUGUCUUGUCGAAGAUGACGGCCCGCGUGACGUUCAAACACAGUAACGAUAAUUUGACCGUGAAGGAAUUUUACGACCGCUGUCAUUGCAGUCUGCCCCAGCUGAUUGUGGUCACUCAGGGCUACUGUGGGGACAUCGGACUGGAGGAAUUCAGCAUUGGUCAGGUGAUUCGAGUUCACACGUACUCCACUCAGAGGCGAGUGGUGGCGAAGAUUGAGAGAGGGCUGUCGGUAUUAGAAGGUCGGGAAAUUAGCAUCCCCGUGGACUACGACAUGAAGUUCUGCACCCUAAAGGGAGGCAAGAAAAGUGGUAAAGAAGCAACUUUAGAUGAAAUCUUGGACAAGCAUUCAUUUCCGGUGGAAGUGACGCCUUCUGAUUCACAUCAACUAAUGAAUAUUCAAGGUCAUGAACGCGAGACCGGAAAGUCAUGUCACCUGACUCUCGUCAGCACAUACGAGGACAGGUAUCUCCUUGGAAACGCCGUGUCGGAUGGAAUGCUGUACGCCCAGGUGACCGCCGUGCCUGUGUACCUCCCUGACCUGAGGUUGUCGAUAGCAGUGGGGAUUGAAGGAUUUUCUGAAUCCCAUUGGACGACUAGUCUACAAAACAUGGAACUGAAAGUCUUGCAGAACGUCAAGUUCAAUUCAAAUUUUGGGAAUCCCAAUGUCGCUGUAUAUUCACAUGAACCAACCACCCAGAACGAGUACGCUGAUUUUACAUACAGAACCCCCGCGGAAUACUACAACAUGGAUGACAUCCUAAGACAGAAAGUCUCGCACAGACCCUCAAAACUUGUUCACUACAUCGAACAAACGCCUGAUAUGUAUGAUUUUAUUCCUGCGGACGCCGUGGGCAAAGUGCCCCCGCCUACUGCGCCUAAACCGGUGGUUGACAAGAAAGCACAGCCAGUGAAACCCUUGACUCCACCCCCUGCGCCAAAAGUUCCGAAGAGACCGGAAGUUUUCCAGAGUCCGGAUCAGACUAUUCAGGAACCCCAACCGAAACCUUGUAGAGUAUCACGCGUACCAAAGGUAGAGGAACUGAAGAUUCGAGAGUUAGGAGAAUGGAUGAAGGAACUCAAAUUGGAUAAAUAUGUUAGUAUGUUCGCUGAACAGGGCAUAGACGGGGUCCUGAUCAAGGAAUUGACGCGGGAAGAUUUACGGAACGAUUUUGGAAUGUCAACUAUUGAAGCCAUCAAGUUGUGUAAAUUUGCACAGACUGGACAUGUUCCUAGCUAGGAACAAAUGUUUAACUUCCGGUCUUAUUCGGAAUUGUACGAUUAAUAUUAUGCUACAUGUAGAUACAAUGUAUAAAACUGAAAUAAGAAAGCAGAGUCCGUGUAGCGGCAGCCUCAUCGAAUUAUGAUAGAACUCAUCAAUGAUCCCCAUCUCCGCUCCCAUAAAACAGAAAGAUCCUGGAUCCACUUCUUUGUUUCUAGGGUUAAGGAUUAGUUGAUUAAAGAGCCGGAUGUUAUAUUAUAUUUGUUCAGUGACGUGGAACUUCCUUGUUACAAAUAGGGCGAUCGUAGACUCAAUAAAGCUUGUAUUUGUU